GUGAGGAGGAGGUGGAGGAGGAGGCGGCUCGGGGAGAUCGAGCAGCGAGCAGGAUCGCGGAGCGUGAGUGAGGGAGCAGAGCCGCCUGCCUGCCCGCCGCCGCCUCCCCUCCGUAAGCAGGAGCCCGGGCCGGGGCCCGGCACGCAGCCCCAGCCCCUCCCUCGUCGUCAGGCCGCGAGGGCAGCGCGCGCGAGCCAGGGGGAGGGAAAGCGAGCGAGCGAGCGCCGGGAGGAGGCGGCCGGACCGAGCGAGCGCCCGCGCGUGUGGCGUGAGGGGAAGCCGCUGCCCGCCCCCUUCGCCUUCCCUUCUCUCCCCCUCCCCGCUCCCCCCCCGACCGCGGAGCAGCACCAUGUCGGCGCCGGCGGCCAAAGUCAGUAAAAAGGAGCUCAACUCCAACCACGACGGGGCCGACGAGACCUCAGUGUGCUCCAAAGUCGUGUGGGGCCCUCUGAGAUCAGCCCGCCUGAAAUUGGGUUGGAGGGGCGAGAAAGGUCGGAUUCGAAUCCGGGGGUUCAUAUUCUUAGAAGAAAAAGAACAGCAAGAAGCAAUUGAACAUAUUGAUGAAGUACAAAAUGAAAUAGACAGACUUAACGAACAAGCCAGUGAGGAGAUUUUGAAAGUAGAACAGAAAUAUAACAAACUCCGCCAACCAUUUUUUCAGAAGAGGUCGGAAUUGAUCGCCAAAAUCCCAAAUUUUUGGGUAACAACAUUUGUUAACCAUCCACAAGUGUCUGCACUGCUUGGGGAGGAGGAUGAAGAGGCGCUGCAUUAUUUGACAAGAGUCGAAGUGACAGAAUUUGAAGAUAUUAAAUCAGGUUACAGAAUAGAUUUUUAUUUUGAUGAAAACCCUUACUUUGAAAAUAAAGUUCUUUCCAAAGAAUUUCAUCUGAAUGAGAGUGGUGAUCCAUCUUCAAAGUCCACUGAAAUCAAAUGGAAAUCCGGAAAGGAUUUGACAAAACGUUCAAGUCAAACGCAGAAUAAAGCCAGCAGGAAGAGACAGCAUGAGGAACCAGAAAGCUUCUUCACCUGGUUUACUGAUCAUUCUGAUGCAGGUGCAGAUGAGUUAGGAGAGGUCAUCAAAGAUGAUAUUUGGCCAAAUCCAUUACAGUACUACUUGGUUCCAGACAUGGAUGAUGAGGAAGGGGAAGGAGAAGAAGAUGAUGAUGAUGAUGAAGAGGAGGAAGGGUUGGAAGAUAUUGAUGAAGAAGGGGAUGAGGAUGAAGGUGAAGAAGAUGAAGAUGAUGAUGAGGGGGAGGAAGGAGAGGAAGAUGAAGGAGAAGAUGACUAAUGGAACACUGAUGGAUUCCAACCUUCCUUUUUUAAUUUUCUGCCUGGGAGCAAGUUGCAGUCUUUUUUUUUUUUUUUUUUUUUUCCCCCUCCUUCUCCUCUUGUGCUCAAUUGCCCUGUUUUUGAGGUCUCUUUUCUCCUUUAUACCAUGGCUCACAACUUAUUUUGGGGGGAAAUACCUUGAGCAGAAUUCAGUGGGAAAAGAAUCUCUACCCCUUUCUGUUCCAAAUUCAUUUUUAUCCCUUCCUGUCUCAACAAAAACUUUAUGGAAUCAACACCACCAUGCUCUGUGGGAAAAAAGAAAAACCUUCUGCUCCCUUAGCUCUGCUGGAAGCUGGAGGGUGCUAGGCCCCUGUGUAGUAGUGCAUAGAAUUCUAGCUUUUUUCCUCCUUUCUCUGUAUAUUGGGCUCAGAGAUUACACUGUGUCUCUAUGUGAAUAUGGACAGUUAGCAUUUACCAACAUGUAUCUGUCUACUUUCUCUUGUUUAAAAAAAGAAAAAAAAAACUUAAAAAAAUGGGGUUAUAGAAGGUCAGCAAAGGGUGGGUUUGAGAUGUUUGGGUGGGUUAAGUGGGCAUUUUGACAACAUGGCUUCUCCUUUGGCAUGUUUAAUUGUGAUGUUUAACGGACAUCCUUGCAGUUUAAGAUGACACUUUUAAAAUAAAAUUCUCUCCUAAUGAUGACUUGAGCCCUGCCACUCGAUGGGAGAAUCAGCAGAACCUGUAGGAUCUUAUUUGCAAUUGACAUUCUCUAUUGUAAUUUUGUUCCUGUUUAUUUUUAAAUUUUUCUUUUUGUUUCACUGGAAAGGAAAGAUGAUGCUCAGUUUUAAACGUUAAAAGUGUACAAGUUGCUUUGUUACAAUAAAACUAAAUGUGUACACAAAGGAUUUGAUGCUUUUCUCUCAGAACAGAUAUACUUAAUAUGACUUUCCAAGUUUGACUUGUAUAAUGUUACUGUCGAACUUUGUCACCUUAACUUCGUAUUUUUUGAUAAUGCACUUUUGCAGGAUGACCUCAGGGCUAUGUUGAUUGAGUAAAGGGAUUUGAAUCAAUGUAUUAAUGUCUCCAUAGCUGGGAACCCAUCAUGGGUACAAUUUGACAUCAGUUUCUGAAAUUUUUCACAUCAUUUGGGAUAUCAGAUUGCUGAAAACUCAGUUCUGAAUAUGUUGUACCCUUGAUUUGUAUCUCAAAUUGGCAUUUGAAAAUAUGGGCUUUUAUUUACCUGGAUGUAAUAGUGCCUGCCACCACCAUCAGACAGACCUGGUGCUCUACUGCCGAGUUAAUACACAGGACGAUUGUUGGCAUGUCUUCCCUGGCACUGUAAAAUGUGGCCGAGAAGACAGGCUUUCAGAGUAAGAAGUCCGUAUUGGUGGUAAGAAACUCAGGAGUACUUUUGUCUCAAAGUACCAGCUCUUUUAGCAUAUAGCUCUCAAAUGAGACCUGUCUGUGUGAAUCUGGGGGGGGGGGAGAUGAUGGACUCUGCUCUGUCUGCUAAAUGCCAUUGUGCAUAAAUCACAUUUUGAGAAGCUCCCUAAUGCAUAAGCUUUUUAAUGCUGUAAAAUAUAGUAGCUGAAAUUAAAUGCC